AAAAGAAACUAUAGUUUCACAGUGAGUCUAUUAAAGUCGGCUUAUCAAGCAUAUCCAUCGAUUUCGAAAAAAAAAUAGGAGUUAUGGGUGACUCCAUGGGGAUUAGAAACAUUCAAGUUCAGUGAACUGAAGUUCAGUUGCGUGUCACGAUGUCAUACUUUAGAGUUGCAUGGAGCCACAACGAUUCUCCUUCAAAAUAAGGCAUUAGGGCAAGAGAUAUUCCCUCUGCAAACUUAUUUAUAAUGCUAUAUUUCUUGCCUAAAUAUUUGUUUUUCAAUUUACGCAGAGGCCAAGAAAUAUUGAUGAAAGCAACGGUCAAAGUCAAUUUAAGGCCCUAAAAAAAAGACACCUAAAAACGCACGGAAAAUCCCGACAUGAUGAUCAAGACAUUUUCAAUUUUAUUGCCUCUUAAAUUCCUAAGUUUGCAAAUGCAGGUUGUAAUGUCGGAACAGAAGAUAUUUGAUAAUGCAGAUAUGCAAGAUAUGUGCCACAAGGAGAAAAUCAUCCCAGAUAUAAUUCAGUACCCUCCUUGUCAUUUGUUGAAGCUAAGAUGGGAGGAUAAUGUCACAGCUGAAUUGGGGAACAACUUGUUCAAAUACGAGGUGUUCCACGAGCCAACGUUGUAUUGGCCGCAUGAAGAGAACCUAUUUUAUACUAUAAUUUUUGUCGCCCCAGAUAUGCCCGACCCAAAUAACUGUACACAACGAGAGUACCAGUGUUGGGUGGUUGUAAACAUUCCUGGAAUUCAAGUGGAACACGGUCAAGUUUUGACUGACUAUAUUCCACCUCCGACGCCACUUGCUUACGGUUCUCAACGGUAUGUCUUCUUGGUUUAUAUCCAGCCAAAAGGAAACGUGUCAUUUUCGGAGGAUUAUCUCCCUCCAGUGCCAAAUGAUAUGGUGCGGCAAAACUUUUCGACUGCCAAGUUCACAAAAAAAUAUGCAUACGGAGUGCCGUUUGCAGCUAACUGGUUCCGAAUAAACUGGGGAUCAUUCAACAGAUCUUGAAUGCAAAUGCCUCUCAUCAAGAUUGUUCAAAGUUUUUUUCUCUUUUUUUGUGCAGUAUAAAAUAAGAAAAUGUAAAUUAUAUUUAGUGCGCAGAAAUAAAAAGAAAUAAAGACAUCGUUACAUCCUU